UCCUUGUCCCCCACUCUCCCAUCCCCACAGACGCUCCGAGCCCUUGCCCCUGCCCCAGCUAUGGCUCCUGGGGCUCCCUCGUCCAGCCCCAGUCCUAUCCUGGCUGCGCUGCUCUUCUCCUCUUUGGUGCUCCCCCUGGCCCAGGCCAUUGUGGUUUACACGGACAAGGAGGUCCAUGGCGCUGUGGGCUCCAAGGUGACCUUGCACUGCUCGUUCUGGUCCAGCGAGUGGAUCUCAGAUGACAUCUCCUUUACCUGGCGCUACCAGCCCGAAGGGGGCCGCGAUGCUAUCUCGAUCUUCCACUAUGCCAAGGGACAACCCUACAUUGACGAGGUGGGGACCUUCAAAGAGCGCAUCCAGUGGGUAGGGGACCCUCACUGGAAGGAUGGCUCUAUUGUCAUACACAACCUGGACUACAGUGACAACGGCACUUUCACCUGUGACGUCAAAAACCCACCAGACAUAGUGGGCAAGACUUCUCAGGUCACACUCUAUGUCUUUGAAAAAGUGCCUACGAGAUACGGGGUGGUGCUGGGAGCCGUGAUCGGGGGUGUCUUGGGGGUGGUGCUGUUGCUGCUGCUGCUUUUCUAUGUGACCCGAUACUGCUGGCUACGCAGACAGGCGGCCCUGCAGAGGAGGCUCAGCGCCAUGGAGAAGGGGAAAUUGCACAAGGCUGCGAAGGACUCGAAGCGCGGCCGGCAGACGCCAGCGCUGUAUGCCAUGCUGGACCACAGCAGAAGCACCAAAGCUGCCAGUGAAAAGAAGGCCAAGGGGCUGGGGGAGUCUCGCAAGGAUAAGAAAUAGCGGUUAGCGGGCCGGGCGGGGGGUCGGGGGUCAGGGCGGGAGCCCACCAAAGGCUCUCAGGUGGUGGUCAUAGAGAUGGAACUGCGGAAGGAUGAGCAGAGCUCGGAGCUCCGGCCUGCGGUCAAGUCCCCCAGCAGAACCAGCCUCAAGAACGCCCUCAAGAACAUGAUGGGUCUGGACUCCGACAAGUGACCACCCCCCUGGGCCCUCCCAGAGCAGGGGGACCUAGGCUCCUCUUCUUCCCCCCGUCUAGGUGCUUUCCUCCUUAACUCCCCAGCCCUGCCCCGCCCUCAGCACCCUUUGAGAUGUAAGUUUCAUUCCAAAGUUCACGCCCCAGGCCCCUCCCAUCUCCCCCCACCUGCACCCCGGCUUUCUGGGAACCCAGGGGCCUCACCCUCCCCUUCACCGGCCCCAAGGACUGUGUGUUUGGUGCCUGUCCCUCUGGCACCGAGAAGAAAGGGACCUUGAUACCCCGUGCCUCAGCUCCAGGCCACCUGGCGUUCCCAUCCCUUGCGGCACCCAGCCUGACCCUCCUUCUUUUCUUUCUGACCCUCCCUCCCCUUCAUCAGGUGGCCCAGCUCCAUAUUCUGUCUUCCCGGCUAACACCCAGAACAUCCAGAUCAGACUCUCCUUCAGGGUUUACUUAGGUUGUUAGUUAUUUUUUAUUUUUUAAUCCAGUCUUGUUUGUUUGUUUACCGGCGCCCUCCCCCCAUGACUGAGUACCAAUGACGUCAUGUGGUUUUUGCAUUUCCCCAUCCCCCCUCCCCAUUAAAUCCUUCAUGGAGAGCUAGCCCAAGCAGAGGGGCCCCUGGUCCUCAAUCCUCAGCUACAGGACUGGUGCCCCUGACCACUUUAGGGCACUGUUCUGGGACUCUAGGUCAUGGGGAAGGAGAGACAGAGAGAGGCAAAGAAUCCUCACAGGUCAGGGCAUUGAGGACGGGGCAAAUAAGCCUUAAGAAAGGGCUUUAAACAACCAAACAGAAAGGAAAAAUAAACGGGAAACGGGGGGGGGAGGGGAAGGCUGUACUCCCAGCCACAGGGGACUCUUAGGAUUUUUCUACAUUCUGUAUAUUUCUUCUCAAACUCCCAAAUGUCCUUAAAUGUUUAAUAAACACUGACAUUUCCAGAAGUGCUGCCUCCAUCUCCAACUUCCUCAUUCUCCUGGGAAUAUCCCUGCCCCCUAUUCCAUCCCCAGCCCCCUACGUUCCCCCAUCCUUCCCCUCUCCCAGUCCUCUUCCUCAUCACCUGGUUUCGGUUGUUAAGAAUUUGGCUUUAUGUUACGGACCUUCCAUAGUACAGUGGAAAGAACUCUGAAAAAGGCUCACAAGACGCCUUCAGCAAAUAUCCAGUGAGUUUAUCCUAUGUGCUGAACUGUGUAUCAGCCUCUGUGUUUACAUGGGUUAGAACACAGACUCCCUCUUUACCAAGAUCUGAGUUUUUAAAAUAUGCCCGCCCAUCUGUGUGGCCUAUGGCUGGUUAUUUGACUUUUCUGUUUCUGCCUUUGUAAAUUGAGAUGAUACCUGCCCUGCUUAAUUUUUUUG